AUGUUCCCGGGACCCUGGCCCUUGUCUCGCCUUAUGCUCUGGUUCAUGGCUACCAGCAAAAAGCUAGGACACCAUGGCCUUGCAUCCUCCAAGCUGCUGUGGUGCUUGUGCCUCCUGGUUGUCAUGUCCUUCCCGCAGCAGGUGUGGGCACUUCCCUACAAGGUAGGAGUGAUAGGUCCUUGGGCUUGUGAUCCAUUGUUCUCAAAGGCCCUGCCUGAGGUUGCUGCUCAAUUAGCUAUUGAUCGGAUCAACAGAGACCCAUCCUUGGACCUGGGCUACGCUUUUGAAUAUGUGAUUCUCAAUGAAGACUGCCAGACUUCUAGGGCCCUCUCCAGUUUCAUUUCCCACCACCAGAUGGCCUCAGGAUUUAUUGGACCUGCUAACCCUGGCUACUGCGCGGCGGCCUCGCUCCUGGGAAACAGCUGGGACAAUGGGAUUUUCUCUUGGGCUUGUGUGAAUUAUGAAUUAGACAAUAAAAAUAGCUACCUGACCUUUUCUCGGACACUCCCUUCGCCUAUCAAAGUGCUGGUAACCAUCAUGAAGUAUUUCCAGUGGGCUCAUGCUGGAGUCAUUUCCUCAGAUGAAGACAUUUGGGUGCACGCAGCCAAUCGAGUUGCAAGUGGCCUUCGGAGCCGUGGCCUACCUGUAGGGGUCGUCCUGACCACAGGCCAAGACAGCCAAAGCAUUUUUAAAGCUCUCCAGAGGAUUCGCCAGGCAGACAGAAUUCGCAUAAUCAUCAUGUGCAUGCAUUCAGCCUUGAUUGGGGGAGAGACUCAGAAGCGUCUUUUGGAAUGGGCUCAUGAUCUGAAAAUGACCGAUGGAACCUAUGCGUUUGUUCCCUGUGAUGCCAUGCUCUACAGUUUACCUUAUAAGCACACCCCCUACCAGGUCCUGAGGAACAACCUAAAGCUCCAGGAGGCCUAUGACGCUGUGUUGACCAUUACAGUGGAGUCCCAUGAAAAGACCUUCUAUCAAGCUUACACAGAGGCAGCAUCUAGAGGUGAAAUUCCUGAGCAGCUGGAGGCAGAUCAGGUUUCCCCGUUGUUUGGAACCAUCUACAAUUCAAUUUACUUUAUCGCACAAGCCAUGAAUAAUGCUAUGAAAGAAAAUGGACGGGCUAGUGCUGCCAGCCUGGUUCAGCAUUCCAGAAGCAUGCAGUUCUAUGGAUUCAACCAGUUGAUAAGGACAGAUUCAAGUGGAAAUGGAAUUUCCGAAUAUGUAAUUCUGGACACCAACCGGAAAGAAUGGGAACUUCAUAGCACCUACACUGUGGACGUGGAAAUGGAGCUGCUACGGUUUGGAGGGAACCCCAUUCACUUCCCUGGUGGCAGGUCCCCUCGAGCAGAUGCAAAAUGCUGGUUUGCAGAAGGGAAGAUCUGCCGAGGAGGCAUUGACCCUGCCUUUGCCAUGAUGGUGUGCCUUGCUUUGCUUAUAGCCCUGCUGUCUAUUAAUGGAUUUGCUUACUUUAUAAGGCAUCAUAUAAAUAAAAUCCAGUUGCUUAAAGGACCCAAUAGAAUUCUACUGACUUUGGAGGAUGUGACAUUUAUCAAUCCCCAUUUUGGCAGUAAGAGAGGAAGUCGUGCCAGUGUAAGCUUCCAGAUCACCUCAGAGGUCCAAAGUGGGAGGUCCCCAAGGCUCUCCUUUUCUUCGGGGAGUCUAACUCCAGCUACAUAUGAAAACUCCAACAUAGCGAUUUAUGAGGGUGACUGGGUGUGGCUGAAAAAGUUUCCCUCUGGAGAUUUUGGUGACAUUAAAUCCAUCAAAUCAAGUGCAAGUGAUGUGUUUGAAAUGAUGAAGGACCUGCAUCAUGAGAAUAUUAACCCUUUCUUGGGCUUCUUCUAUGAUUCGGGGAUGUUUGCCAUUGUGACAGAAUUCUGUUCCCAAAGGAGCCUAGAAGACAUAUUGAUGAAUCAGGAUGUGAAACUGGACUGGAUGUUUAAAUCAUCACUCCUGCUGGAUCUCAUCAAGGGCAUGAAGUACUUACACCAUAGAGAGUUUGCUCAUGGGAGGCUGAAGUCUCGGAACUGUGUGGUAGAUGGGCGUUUUGUACUAAAAGUGACAGAUUAUGGCUUUAAUGACAUCUUGGAAAUGCUGAGACUCUCCCAAGAGGAACCUUCUGCGGAAGAGUUGCUAUGGACGGCCCCUGAACUGUUGAGAGCCCCAAGGGGAAGCAGGUUGAGUUCUUUUGCAGGAGACGUGUAUAGCUUCGCCAUCAUCAUGCAAGAAGUGAUGAUCCGGGGCACCCCAUUCUGCAUGAUGGAUUUGCCUGGUGAAGAAAUCAUAAACAGACUUAAGAAGCCUCCUUCUGUGUGUAGACCAGUGGUUCCUCCUGAAUUCGCCCCUCCAGAAUGUCUCCAGCUGAUGAAGCAGUGCUGGGCUGAGGCUGCAGAACAACGACCAACUUUUGAUGAAAUAUUUAACUAGUUUAAAACCUUCAAUAAAGGGAAGAAAACCAAUAUCAUUGAUUCUAUGCUUCGGAUGUUACAGCAAUAUUCUAGCAACUUGGAAGAUUUGAUCCGGGAGCGGACUGAGGAGCUGGAAAUUGAAAAACAGAAAACAGAAAAGCUUCUAACACAGAUGCUACCACCAUCGGUUGCUGAAUCACUCAAAAGGGGUUGCACAGUAGAACCUGAGGGCUUUGACUUAGUCACCUUGUACUUCAGUGACAUUGUGGGCUUCACCACCAUCUCAGCCAUGAGUGAGCCCAUUGAGGUGGUGGAUCUUCUGAAUGACUUGUACACACUCUUUGAUGCAAUCAUUGGCAGUCACGAUGUCUACAAGGUGGAGACCAUUGGAGAUGCCUACAUGGUAGCCUCAGGCCUCCCAAAGAGGAAUGGCAGUAGGCAUGCAGUGGAGAUUGCAAACAUGUCCUUAGAUAUCCUGAGCUCCGUGGGCACCUUCAAGAUGCGGCACAUGCCAGAGGUGCCAGUUCGGAUUCAAAUAGGCCUGCACUCAGGGCCGGUUGUUGCUGGAGUGGUGGGCCUCACCAUGCCCAGAUACUGCUUGUUUGGAGAUACCGUAAACACUGCUUCUCGGAUGGAAUCAACAGGGUUACCUGAUCAUGCCACUCCUUCUUUUACAGCGUAUCGCAUUCAUGUCAGUCACAGCACUGUGACAAUUCUUCGAGCUCUGAGUGAGGGCUAUGAAGUGGAGCUCCGAGGAAGGACAGAGCUCAAGGGCAAAGGCACAGAAGAGACCUUCUGGCUGGUUGGAAAAAGAGGUUUCACGAAGCCCCUUCCUGUGCCCCCACCAGUGGGCAAAGAUGGGCAAAUGGGCCAUGGCCUGCAACCAGUGGAAAUCACAGCCUUCCAGAGAAGAAAAGCAGAAAGGCAGCUGGUGAGAAACAAACCAUAA